UCGCUACUUCCUCACUUCUCGGUUCCUUUAAAUCCUAAAUAAAUCCAACUUUUUAAGUACAUUUUAAACUCUGACAUUUCCUAUUUCUUCUUCCUUCAAAUUCAAAAGGUCUGUUGUUCAUAACCGUGACUGCAACUUUAAGGUUUUUUUUAAAAAAAAAAUCAUAUAGUCACCUUCAUAAAAUAAUAGUUUUUUUUUGUUUUGCCAAAAAUAAUUUUUGCAAUAAAAAUCACCACCUCUUAAUUGCCAAAAGACGAUUAUUUAAGCCAUUAUUUUAGGAAGGUGACAAUGUUACUUUUGCCAUAUUUUCACUUUCAAAGUACCUUCAAACUCGGCGUCAUAUACUGUAAUCAUUGUGUUGCCAUGGUUACGGAGGACGCAACACGUUCCUGCGUACACACGACACAACGUUCGCCAAUUAACCGGUGAGAAACCUCACGGGUGUUUUUGUAACGUGGCUCUGAUUAACUGAGACUCCUGUUGCUGUGCUGCCACAUCUAACCAACCCUAAAAGGCCGUCUCGUCUCGUCUCGUCUCGUCUCGUCAUUUCUCGUCUUGCUGUAGAUCGGUUGUUUUGUUUUUGGUUUGGCAUGGAGUGAUCUAGCAGCUGCCUGAGGAAGAACCAAUAAGCUCAGAGUUGGCUGCUUUCCCCUCUCCUCUCCCUGCACCCAGUGAUCUGGUACAGUGAAGCGUCUCUGUCUUUCUGUCUCUCUCCUCUUUAAACCGCAGGAUUCGAAGGCUGCUCUAUGGUGCCCUCUAUCUACCCGCUGGAGACACUGCACAACUCUCUCUCCCUGAAGCAGGUGGAGGAGUUCCUCAGCAAGGUGUGCGAGAGCAUCGGGGAGGCCCAGGCCAAAACCAUGAAAGCACUUUCUGGUUUGUUUGACUCUCAAAGUCAGACGUCUCUCUACAGCCCUCAGCAGCCUCUGUCCUCCUCCGGAUCGGAGGCGUCGCUUCGUCCGCCGGGUCAGCCUCUGUGGUACGGCAGCAUCCCGUCCAGCGCCGUGUCCAGCGCGGGCCCUUCGUCCCCGACCACCGACAUCUCCGGCCUCGGCCUCAACUUCAGCUUCAGCGAGUAGCUCCGCCUCUCCGAGUGACCAGAAAACCUCGGCGCUGCUGAGCAGGCCGUGCGAAGGACGUGUCAGAGUUUUCUUUCAGAAGCAGCUCUGUUCCCAGCCCUGCUCCAGAAUGCACUCAGACUUCGACACGGACUGGAGCCGUUGUUCUCUGAACCGUCCUUCGGUUUGGUGACACAUUUCCACUGAGGAACGCUCUGAGCGUGUCACACCAGCUUUCACACACACCUGUGCCUUUCAUACGUUUUUCAGUGCCAUCGCGUCAAGUGCCUGCUAACUUUUUUUUUUUUUUUUUUUAUAUUCCAAAUUUACCAAAUACGUCAAGCUAAAAAGCUUUAAACAUUUUUUCGUCAUUAACAUUUACCCCAGAAGCCGACUGUCGAAGGAACCUCCUGCUGUGUGGAUUUCCCCAGACUGGCAUCUUACACAUCGAUCAGUUUAUGCCUGAACUAGAAUAAGCCUGUUUGCUACUUGCUCUGUCCUUCCAAUCAUGGUUUCGUUUUUAUUUAUUUGUUCUCUUCAUAUUGACCAAAAAAAAGUGUAGGUUUUGAUUUUUAAGGUUUUUUUGUUGUUCUUUUUUCAGACACAGGUUUCCUCUGUAAUAUUCACACCACUCUGAUCGAUCUGUGUUAUUCCCUUUGUGUAUCUGCUGUUUAUUGGAAGCAAACACAUUGUAAAUGUGCCUUUUUUAUUUUAUAAAAUCACGUCAGGUAAUCAGAAAACAAUGCAGUGUUGGAACUGAAGAAACCACUAGAUUAGGGCUAAUCUGACAGCAGAAUUAGGAUCAGUUCGAUUGCUGUAUGCUGCCUCGAUCUGCUGUCCUGCCUAAUCAAAGUCACGUUUUAAUGAAAUGUAAAUGAUUUUUGGAGCUCAUUUCUAACCGCGCACAGGUAAAGAACUGAUCCAAAUAAGUUUUGUCGGUGUUCCACUGACAUGAGGGUCAGUGAGCUGAGCGCUGCAAGCUUUGGAGGUAAACACCACUUCAUAUUGUUCUACUGUCACGAUUAAUGAGGAAAUCAUGAAUUAUGCUUUAAGUUCUGCACAGCUAUCAGCUAUUAAACUCUAAUGAGGUCUCAUAUGGUCUUCUCUCACUUUCUCUGGCAUCUCAUUAGUCGUUAAACUGACUGGAGUUUUCUCCUGCUAUAUGUCGUAGCGUAGCGCUUAGCCGGCUAAAGAAAGAUGGCUGCUUUUUCCUCACGAUAACAAUCAAUUUGAUUAUUUUGGAAAUGAAGAUAUUUCCAGAGUAGAAGAAGAACCACCCAUCCCUUUUAUUUUACGCCAUGGUAACUGUUUAGCAGUCAGCAAAGCUAGCAGUAGCAUCUCUGAUAACCAGCUAAUAUUAGCUUUUUAUGGCCUUACUCUUCAAAGAGCAGAACAGUUAAGAGUAUUAUAUUUUGUACAAUCACUAGAACUAUAAACUAUGCCUACCAGAAGGACCAUGUCCAAUAAACCGGGUAAAUCCAGCUUAUUCAUUGCCACGUCAUAGCAACCGCUAUGCUAGCAAGCAGCUAGCAGCAGGUCAGCCAUUUUCUAAUCAGCCUUCUACGUUUCCCCACAGGUUAAACACAUACAGGUCAGUUGGAAACUGUAAUUUUCUGUUUAUUAAAGGAAAAUGUGUCAGACCUGCACAUGGAGGAGGGAGAACAUGUAGCCUAAAGUUAGAGACACUGAUAUACUUUGCUCCAAAACCAUCCGAUCCAAAGUUGAAUUUAAAGCAUCUGAAUUUAUCUGUUUUACUUAAAGUCUCCUAACUUUACACUUCAAUCUCUCUCUCCCUCUCUUCUUUUUUUUUUCCAGAGAGCUCGACUUCAGCUUGUUAAAGCUUAGACAAAACCACACAGUAGAAACGGUUUAAGUUAUAGGAACUGUCUGUCUAAGCUGAAAAUGAAAUGAUCCCCAAAACUUUGAAAAAUCUGCUGUAGCGUCACAUUCUGUUUUUUUUUCUUUGUUUUUUUAAAUGAUGUGUGUUAGAUUUGCUUGUUUUUGUCCAAACGUGGGCUUUAUAGCUGAAUUCUUUACUCGAUUGUUUGAUAUCGGCCAAAGAGAUUGUGUGUUUGAUUUGCUUCAGAGAAGCAGAGUGGCGCCGUAAACGUCUGUAAAACUGUUCAGGUCAGGCUGGUGAUGCUGGACAAAUGAAAAGUGUUGAUGAUAAAAUAAAAAAUGUUGUCAAAUUGAA